AUGCUCCUGGUGGAGCUAUCGAGGAGCUCUUUGGCGUCUGCCGCGGCGGGAGAGGCGGCGUUGCCCUCUCCCGCGCCAAACGUGGCGGCCCGCCCAACAGCGGAGGAGGACGCCACCUCGUACCUCCUGCGGCACUGCCGAUUUCCAGUGGAGUGCUGGUGGAUGUCUUUGACGCUGCUGCAGCGGUGGCGACGGCGACACGCCGCGCAGCUGCCGUUGGGGUCGCGCGAGAAGAACCUGCCGCUUUUCCCCGCGGAUUUGUCGCCGGCGUCGUGUGCGCAUUUGAUGCGUCAUCUGUCGUACUCGACCGCGGCCUGGGCGGAUGUUAUUCGCCUCUACGAAAUGGCGACCCGCGAGGUCGCGGGCCCCAAAGCGACGCCUCGGCGGCGGGGGGCGCCUGACGGCGAGGGAGGCGAGCAAAGGGCUGCCGGUCGCGGCCCGCUGCGGUGGAUGCGGCACACGGCGCUGACCUCCCUCUUGCAGGCGGGUCGGUGGAGGGACGCCCUGCACUUCUAUCGCCACAUGCUGUAUCGGCGCGAAACACCAAGCCACGUGGCCACCGGGCACCUCGUGCAGCGGCUGGGGGAAGUGGGCUGCUGGGAGGCGGUGGUUCGCAUCUUUGAAAUUCAUCUCAAACUCGUCGCUGCGACCCACACUUCGACCGCCGCGGGGCUGAGCAAACGUGAGCUCGAAAGCUCCUCCAACCGCGCGGGAGCACCGGAGCGAGCAUCAGCGCGGGCGAGUGAGUGGGGGACGAUGUUCUCCAUGUCCCUGGAUGUGGUGAGUCGCGUUUGCCAACGGCCUCUUAUUGCGAUGCAGAUGUUUAACGCGGCCUGUGAUAAAAAUAUUGAUGGGUCCCUCUUCCGCUGGGACGGCAACUUUCUCUCGGCGGUCCAGUCUUUUCCCUCGGAGCGGGAUCGCGUGGAGGUGCUUCGACGGGCCAAAGUGGCCGGACAGUUUGACCACUUUAAGCUCGUCCGCGGCCUUGUGCACCGUGGGAACUGGCUGGAGGCGAUGAUGGUCUUUGCGGAGGGGCUCGCCGGCCAGCAACUCCGUCGGAGGGACAUUGGCCGGUCCCGGCUGAGCAUCUUGCAUGCCAGCAGUGGCGAUAACGUGCAGGCGGUGCUUCGGCGCCUGCAAAGCCUCGCUGGGCGUCCGGCGAGCUCCCUGCGGGUUAACGAUGCGGAGGUGGAAUGUGUGCUCUCCAAGGUGCCCUCCACGCAGCCGCCCGGCAGUCGUGUGUCACCCGCCUCCCCUAUGGCGCAUUGGUGUUUUUGUCUGCAGAUGCUCUCCGACAACUACGCGUCGCUCGCCACGAAUGGGGGGCGUGGUGUGACGUCUGGGGAGGAGGGGCGCCAACCCACAAAGCACAUGAUGUCGCUGCUGCUGCGCAGCCCUAUGCCCUGGCGAGUGGCGCUGCGCAUCUUCGAACGGUCCCGCCUGCUGGACGCGAGUGCGACGCACGACGACGCGGCUGCCGCCUCUUCCACCUCGAGCGGUGCGCUCAUGGCCAACCGCGUCGCCCACCUCCUCCACCGGCAGGGGCAGCAGCAGCGAAUGAGAGAGUUUCUGGCGUCCGUCUUGCGUGCACGUCCCUUGUCGCCCUCGUCGGAGUUGCUGGAGUUUGCCCCGCUUGACUUCUUCUCGCCCAACGCCGGAGCACCGGGGAGAAGCGCGCUGCUAGUGGAGGACAAGGUGCUCUACCACUUUAUAGACGCAACGAUGGACUGGGAGCGGGCCCUUCGCCUGCUGCACCUCGUCGAGGAGCAACGCGCCGCGACGGCCGCCGAGGCGGGGAACCCGCUUCGGCGCCUUCCCGCCUCGGUCCACUGCGGCGCCCUCAAAAUGCUUCGCCGCUGCAGCGCCUCACACGGCGAGCAGUGGCUGCUCUCCCUGCGAUACUUUCAACACGUGGCUUCGGAGCUUCACCUGCUGGAUUGCGGCACACCGCCCCCUCCGAUUCCACAGCAACACGGGGGUGCAGAAGUGAACACGACCCUUUACUGCGUCCUCUAUGAGACACUGCUGAAUUUGCUCGACGAACCGGCUGCAGCGUGCGGCGGGGUGAGAGCACAGAUGUGCUGUCGUCUCGUGGAGCGCGUGAUGACGCGGUGCGGGGGGCGCAUCCCCGCACACAUGCUGCUUCCGAAUCAGAUGGAUCGUCUGCUGCCCCGCCUAAGCGUUGGGGGCCUUAGUGUGCCGAACGUUGAGGAACGCGCCUGGGUGAGCAUGAAACUUGUACGCUGCGUCCUCGACGCCCUGCAGGGAUCCGCGGGACCGGAGGUCGGCAGGCGUAGCAAGCUGGCUCCUCCCGAGGCCGUCAUGCUUCACGAGCUGCAGAAGCUGGUGUGCCGCGUGGCAGAAUACCAACAACAUUUGGGGCAGUUUCAUGAAAAGGAGCGGCUGCGGUCGAGCUCGGCGGCACCCACAGAGAGGAGGCCACGACCAACGCCUUUUCGGAUGGUCCCCCUCUGGCAGACGUCGCUCGAGCUGCUGGGGCAUCAGUGUCGCGCGUGUGGCACAGGCACAAUGAGGCCUGGGACUCUGAAGCUUGUCUAUCGCUCGUGCGCCACGUCGGGCGGGCAGUGGGAGGCGGCGCUUCGCGCCACCCUGUACCUUCUGCAGCACCAGAGGGCGGCGGAGGGGGCGGUCGUGGGCGAGCACUGCUCCAUGUAUUGCUCCCUCUUCGGCUGGGAGAAGGCGUUGGCGGUUUGGUGCCGUCACUUCCCGCAGGAGACGCUGCGCGCGGUAUCAGGCCACGCAAAGGGACUGGAGUACUUCAUGCAAUCAAUGGAGUCUGCGGAGGGGCAACGACAAUGA